UUGCUCUUGAUAUUCAAAAUGCUUCCAGGCGUAUUAUUCCUGUUUAUACCACUAUGUUUCUGCAAAGUACAUGGAAAGACACGGUUGCUGUUAGCUAAUGUGACUGGAACUGGACUAAAAGCCAAAGUUCGUGCAACGUGCCUCAAUGAUGAUUACAACGACGCAAUUACAUGGAUCACACGACCAACCAACUUAAUUGGACCUAUUUCAGGUAUUUAAAUAUUUAUAGCAUACUAGUUAACCCGGCAAACGUUGUUCCGCCUCGCUUUGCUCUUGUGAUUGAGAAGCACGAAGUCGAGUCAUACUAACAGGGCGCUUUUCACGUGCAAUUCUUUGUUCUUCUUCAGUCCUUUCAAUCGCAAUCCUUCGAAUCCUAGUUGCAUUACGGUUUUGUUGGAUAAGAUUUGAUCGUUUUGGUCGCUGCAUGUUGAGUGGGGUAGCUACGAAGCAUCGCACAAAGAGGAGACGGGGAUAAUAGCUUUGUAUUUGCGUUCUCUUAUUCUCCUGCAAGAUAAUCCAUAUACGCAAACAUGUUUGUCUCUUUUUAGUGUCGUUUAGUGCCUUUUUAGAAAAGUUUUCACUUCAAAAAGUAUCCCAUUACCUUCUCCUGGCCCUAAGCUACCUCUCCACCAAUUUUUAGCUAAAUUGGAUUAACCGUUCUUUAGUUAUAAGCAAGGUAGUGAAUCUCUGCAUUAUGUUGAUUAUAAUUGGAAAAAAUAUGGGUGGGAUAUUGAAGUUGCCUACAACGCAACGUUUGGUCCAGUGAUGGAUUAUACUUGGGAAAUGUUCCCAAUUAUUAUGACUAGAUCGGCGCAACUAACUCAAAAUUAUAAAUUCGAAAAAAUAGGAGAAAUUAAUAUCAAAAAUCGAUUUGAAAUCAAUUUUUCAUUUUUGGGAAAAUCAAGUGCACAAAUUUAUUUGUGUUCAAAUGCCGAGGUAAAAAGGGGUACAUGUUUCAUUUUUAUUCUUGGAGGGUGGAAUGGAAAAGGAAGUGUAAUAAGACGAUGUAAAGAAGAUGCGUCCCCUACAAACUCCGAUGAUAGAUUAAGAGGAUGUGAAAAUAUCAUCCAUAAGAUUGAACAUAAACCACUGUUUUCAAUUGAUUAUUGGAGUCACAUUUCAAUUCGAUAUAUAAAUCAACAAUUAGGAGUAAUAAUCAAUGAGGAACAUUUAUUAUCCUACCAUGCCAACGAUCAAGGAAAAUUUAACAAUUUUACAAGACUAUUCAUACAUUCUAAUACCGAAAAUGCAAUGUGGAAAUAUCAUAACUAUACAUAUUAUGAAGCUCGUAAACCAAUCAAUAAUUUUAUUAAUAGUAGUUGGUUUUAUAUGGAUUCUAAUCACUUAUGUAUUUCGUUUUUUGUAAAAUUCACCAAAGAUAUUACAUUACAACUCUAUGAUGUGUCGCAAGAGCUCAUCAAAACAGAAUACUAUAAGAGUGAUCAAAACGCACAAUGGAAUUAUAAAACAUUUUAUUCAGACGUACAUGAAGAUGCUGAAUAUUAUUUACGCAUUUCGUUUAGUACUAAUGAUAAGGUAGCAAUUCGAAACAUUGUUAAUCAUUCUGACUGCAAAGGUAGCAAAACGAACAACUUCCAUUUCUCAACAUUAGAGUACAACUUUGAUUCAGCAAAUAAUAUUAAAUGUUCUUCUCUUCGACACAACACCACGCAACUUAAAAUUUCAUUUCCAAACGAGAGUACUGAUGUUAUUACGAGUGAUAAUCAGAGUCAAUGUAAUAUAUGUACUAAUGUCUACAACACUACAGAAUGUCCACACAGAAUAACGUGCAAUGAGAAAUCAUGUCAUUGCACAACAGGAUACACCGGAAAAUAUUGUGACAAAAUAUGUGACAGGGGAAAAUAUGGCUGCAAUUGUGCAUUUGAGUGUACAACCUGCAUUUCAAAUUUUUGCAAUCCAGCAAAUGGUGAAUGCUACUUUGGUUGUAAUGAUGUAAAUUAUGUUACACCAUUCUGUAAAGAAAGAAAUCUACCAGUGUUAACUGAAAUUGCAUUCACUCAAUCUGAUUGUGUCACAAAUUGCACAAUUACAAUCUACGACAAAGAAUUAAAAUAUGACGGGGCAAAGGAACCAAAAUAUUAUUACACUCGUUUAUUUGAACCAAAUGGAACUAUUACUGAAGGAGAAAUAACACCAACUAAAGUCAAUGCUAUUAAUUUUACCAAUUUGACUGGAGAAUAUAAAUAUUACUAUGAGAUAGUGUUAUGUGUGACUGAGGAAAAAUCAGAAUGCUUCAGUGAGGACUUGACAACAUUUCAAUUUAAAACAACAUGUGCAGAAUUGCAAACAAAUCAAAUUCUAAUUGAAAGUGUCGACAGACGUACGACAAUAAAUGUGACAUCCUACAAUCCCAGUCAAAAUUGUCGCUUAGAUAAGUAUUACUUGUUAAUUCGAGAUGAAACAAGCAGUGCAAUUCAGUAUUCGAAACAUUUAGAACUGAGUAAUGCAAUACCAUCAUUAGACAUAUUUACUGAUUAUACACUGCAAUUGACUAAAAACAAGAAAAUAAUACAUAGCAUGAUAUUUACUACAGACGAAUCGGUUCCAAACAAAGUUACAAACUUAACAAUUACUACUUCCACACCUAGUAAACUUAGUGUUAUCUGGGAAGCACCAACACCUGCUUUGGGAAUCAUUACCAAUUAUGUCGUCACAUGGAUGUUUCUGGAUAAAAGAGGUUGUAGGAUUACAAAUAACACAUCAAAUAUCCAAUCAAAAAAUAUAACAACCACUGCAAUUGAAUUAGAUGAUCUACAACCAUAUUCAAUUUACAAUAUAUCAGUAUCAGCAGUUACUAAGAAAGGUCAAGGAGAUAUGCAGAGUAUUAUAGGAUACACAGAUGAAGCUAAAACAAUUGACAUAAACAUGUUUAAUCGGAAGAUUACCACUUUAGAAACUUCGAUUCAAAUAGGUUUAGUUGUUGAAUGUGAAAAUUGGAAUGGUUCAAUCUAUCUAAGCGCAUAUGCAAUUUGCAAGAGUAAAUGGUGUGAAGGAGACGAGAUGAAUAGGACUAAACACAUGCAAUAUAAUGAUUUAAUUACACUUGAUAGUUUACUUUCAUACACAAAUUACAAAUUAGAAGUAAAUUUUCUUCGUAAUGAAGUGGAUAGAAUUAAUGAUUAUAACAAAUCUUGGUCAACUGCCGUGAUGACAUUAUCAAGUGUACCAAAUCAAGUUUCAUUUGCGGAAGUAUAUAGCUUAUCAGAAACAAGUAUAUCAUUGAGAUGGAGUCCACCUUAUCCACCAACUGGAAUACUGGAUUCAUUUAAAAUAAAACAAUAUUACAUUUUAAAAUCAUAUAGGACGCAAGUAACCUUUUUUAAUUAUUUGAGUCCAUGUAACAUAUGGCCCAACAUGUAUUGCACUACAUUAACUAAUCUUACUACCAACCAAAACUACAUAAUUUCAAUUGCUGGGCGUAAUCAUGCUAUUUCUAGUUAUGGAGUGGAGACAUUUUUGAAUGAAACCACAUUGAUUAGAGCUCCACAACCACCACUGAAUUUAGUUGCCAAAUGGGACGAUCUUCGCAUUCUGCAUUUGCAAUGGCAACAUCCUAAUAGAACAAAUGGACCACUUUUAAAAUUUAAAAUUAUUGUGAAUGGACAACAAUAUUAUCACGUAGUACCAGAAAACCACACAUAUGCUUUUAAAACGUUAUUUAAGUGUAAACCUGAAACUCAUCAGGCAAUCGUUUCUAUACAAACAAUUAAUUCAAAAUUUACUUCGGUUUUGCUGACUCAGCAAUUUGUUUGUCCAAUUUUAAAACCAUCUCUCAGCACUGAGCCUUUUCAAAGACGAAAUAUCAACAAUUCCAUAACUAUUUCAAUGCCGAUUGUUGAAAAUGCUGAAAUAAUAAGCAAUUUGUACAUUAUUGUCCUCGCAAAUGAAUUGGACGAUACAUGCAAUUGUAAAGAAAAAUUAAGAGAAAAUCAGAAGUCACUUGUUCCAAUUAAAGAAAAACAGAAAUAUUGGAUUGUUGGGCACUACCAGAAAAGUGAAUACAAAGAAAUUGUCGGAACAGACGUAAAUAUAAACCUAUCACAAAUACCAGAAUUUAAUUGUGCUAGAGAAUUUUGUGAAAUAGGCAUAUUGAUUGUAAAUGAAUUAGAUGACCAAAUGUCAUCUAAUUGGUAUCUCGUAAAACAAUUGGAAGAUACCGAAUUUCCAAGCAUGUUUGUAUAUUUUUUUCUUUUGCCUAUAAUAAUAAUAAGUAUUGUUGUUAUAAUAGUACUGGGUUCAUGGGCAUGGAGCUAUAAUUGUUCCAAGAAAGACACACACACACGCAAUACUCAAUAUUCUGAAAUACUAGAAUACCCAACACUUCCAUUGGAAGAAAUAAAGUCAACUGAAAUUAAAAAUGAGAAAUGUUCCCGACUGGUAGCGGUACAUAAAUUUAACGCAUAUGUCAACAACGUUACAAAUGGGGAUGAGUUGACGAUUGAGUUUAAUAAAAUCAUUGCAUUAACCCAGAAAACCGUUAAAUUGCGUCAUGUGUAUUCAGCAGCAGAGUGCUUUGAUGCUAGUUACAUAUCUAGUCCGUUUUGUGACAAAGCAUAUAUUUUCUGUUCAACUCCAACGGUUUUUGAUCCAUACCAGUUUUGGAAGAUGGUCAUUGCAGAAGAAGUAGAAAACAUUGUGCUUUUCGCUAGCACAGAUGAUAUAAAAAAUGAAAAGUUUAUUCAAUACUGGCCUGACGAUCGCUCCAUUAAAUCAAUUCACCUCUCAAAUAUCAAAGUAACAACUCUGAAAGUAUACUCAUUUAUAAGUAUCGAGAUACACCAUUUCAAAGUUCAACAAGCUAAUAUUGUAAGAGAGACUCGUUUCUUGCACUUCACAAAUUGGGAUAUAGAAGGAACGCAGAUACAUCCCGACAAUAUAGUUUUAUUACUCCAAUUAGUUCAGGAGAUAAGGUACUUUCCACAACGUCCUAUAUUAGUGCAUUCCUUGGGCAAACCUAAUGUAGGUGCUGAUAUGUUUAUACUGGUCCAUAUUUGUAUACAACAAGCACAGCAGGAAGAUCGAGUGGAUAUUUGCCAUCAAGUUCACAAUCUUCGAACCCAGCGACCAAAUUUUAUUGACAGUGUGGAAGAAUAUUUGUUUGCUCAUCUUGUUUUACUUCAGUAUAUCAACAUGCCGCAAAAUGCUUACUAUGAAUACUAUCCAGCGAUUUAUAAAAAAUUAGAUAAAGACAAAUUUACACAGGAAAUGACAAAUAUUGAACACUCAUUGAAGCUCAUGGAAUUGCUACAAACUAGAUAUCCCAUAUUAAAUGACAAGAACAACCCCGAAAAUAACAAACAUCACAUAUUACCACAUUCAUCUCGCAGCGUUUUCUUAUCGCCUCCUAUAGAUGACAAUUCAUGCAAUAACAUUGCCAUCUUUGUGGAUGGUUUCCAGCAACUCAAAAAAUUUAUCGUCAUUCAACAUCCACUUAAAAAUAAUGUUGAUGACUUUUGGAAAAUAGUAAUGGACAACAAUGUACAUUUAGCAAUUUCAUUACAAACUGAAUACCAUAUUAAGCCCUGGAAAAAUGAUGGGCACUUUAUUACUCCAAAUGGUUUAACAGUGAUUCAUUUAAGAGCUUUAGAAACAGAUCAUUUUUACAUGCAUACAUUAAGAUUAGAACAAAAAGAAGUAUCAAUGGAAUAUAUACAAGUACACAUAAUUGAAGUUAAAGGAUGGGACGAAGGCCAAGUACUGCCGCAUAGUUUGUCCAUUUUACUAAAAACUAGACUUCAGAUGAAUAGAAUGAAGUGUCCCGAAUUCAAAAGGAUUUUAGUAAUGUGCAGAAAUGGUACCACUGCAUCUGGUUUAUUUAUUGCCACGUGUAAUCUUCUAGAUUCGAUUGAAUCUGAACCUGUGGUCGACGUGUAUAGAUCUGUACGAAAUAUUCGUUAUAAUAAGCGUCAGUUCGUAACUGAUGAAAUUCAAAUUCGUGCCUUGUUCAACAUUGCAACUUUAUAUUUAAAUAAUGAUGCGGUAUUCACUGACUAUUCGAUCGCGGAGAAGAAUGCAUACAAAGAGAACAUGGAAUCGAUUGUCAAGAGAUCGAUGUGACCAAGUGCACAAAAUUGAAUAAUGGUGUGUAUCCAAAAAGUUGUUUUUCUCGAGAAUCACAAAGUCUUUUUGGCAACCACAGACAUAGUCGCUAUUCAGUGAUAUAAUCACCUUCUAAAUAUAAACGCAAAAAUCAACAUCAAAGCUCCACAUAAUGGAACAUGUCUUUGGAAAUAAAUUGGAGGAAAAACUUUUGCCACCAUUCUGUUGGCUUCAGAUUGUGUACCUAUAUAUAAUUUUAUUUUAUUUUAUAUUAUUUUAAGUUAUGAUUAUAUUUUAAUUUUAAGUUGUUUAUGGAUAUACCAACUAAGGCUUCAAGGCGAAGCAAGUGUACUCGGAACAAAGUGUAAUUUAAUUCACGUGCCAUUUUAAAUAAAUAUAUCACUAUGGA